CUUGACAUUGUCAAACUUCAAACAAAACAUGUUGAAAUCAAAUCAUUGUUUGCAAACAUUUUGAGCAUUUCGUACUUCGUAGGAUCAUCGAUCGAGUGCUGUCAUUAGCAGCAAGUCAUACGAGCGAAUACUUUUUUUAGAGCUUUCUUUGUAAUUGAAGUUAUAUGAAUAAUAAUACGUUAUAGUUUUAUUAUUUUAACAAGAAGAUCACAACAUACAAAGUAUAUUUCGCCUCCCUACUCAGUCGCGUGAUCAUCUCAAGUUCAAGGUUAAAAUUGGAUCCUAAAUAAAUAUACCACCAAAUACAAAGAUGGUCUAUCUGAAUGCAGACCAAUCUACAUACAACCAAACAAGUUUAUAUGACCGUGUCAAGAAAUUGUUAGUGUCAUAUGAAUGGAGUGAUUGCACCUUCUCUGUGGCAGGGCAGAAAUUCAAAGCACACAAAUUGAUUCUGGGCAUCAGUAGUCCUGUUUUUGAAGCUAUGUUUUAUGGUCCCCUAUCUUCUGAUGAUGAUAUCCAGAUAACAGACAUUCAUCCUGACAUUUUUCAAUUAAUUCUCAACUACAUUUACACUGAUAAAGUUGAAAUCAGCAGUAUUGAGCAUGCUUUUGAAUUAUUAUAUGCCUCAAGAAAAUAUCUACUGGAGCACCUGACGGAGCUGUGUAUUGCUCAUAUCAAAGAUAAUAUAAGUGUUGACAAUGUAGUUGAGAUUUUAAAUUACCCAGACUAUUUACAAGACAAGCAACUUAUAUCAUAUUCUCUCAAACUGUUUUGUCAACAUGCUGGUUACAUAUUGCAGGAGAAAAAGGACUCUAUAACUUAUUCUUGUCUGAAGGCAUUUCUUGAGUGUGACCGUAUGAAUAUAUCAGAAAAAGAUCUCAUCAAACAUGUGUUUGAAUGGACUAUACAUUGCUGUGAACAAAAUAACAUCCUGGAUAUGUUUGAAAACAGACGUGAAGUGCUUAAGAAACAUGGUUUAUUCAAAUUACUAAGAUUUCUGUCACUGAAACCAACAGAACUUGAAGAAAUUGUAGCUAAUGUAAAUAAUCUAUUACUUCCACAUGAAUAUGAGUCUAUAAAAGAAGUUCUCAAAAGUGCUAACAUUAAUGAAAAUGAUGUCAUUGAUUCAAUUGGCUUGAUUAGUAUUCCAAGAAAUUCAUUAAAUCUGGAAUGGCACUUUUGUUUUCGGAGCCCUAUAAGAUCAGUAGCACCAAUAAUUAUCGACUCAAAUAAUUUUGCCAUUCAUUGUCGGAUAAAAGCUAACAAAUCUGUAUUUAUAAAUUCACUUUGUAUACCAACAAGAAUGACACCACCUGUUCUUUUCCGCAGUAAUAAUGCUAAAAUAUACUCAGAGCAGUUGGGUGUUUCUAUUAUGUGUGAGUCAAAUAAUAAAGAUAACAUACGCGACAACUUUAAAAAAACUGUUGAAUAUGAUUCAUUGGUUGACAUACAAUUCACAGAACCUUACUUCAUAAAAAAAGAUGAAUGGUACAAAAUAAGUUUUGUUUGGCUUUUAAAUAGACAUAAUCCAAAUUCAUAUGUUGUAGAAUUUAGAGACAGGCAUUAUGCUGGACAGAAAGUGACUUUUGAAUUUGAUGAUGUUCCAUUUAGUGCUGCAAAUGGUGGUAGUUUCCUUGGUGGUUUAAAAUAUUGUUUGUAACUGUGCCAUGUCUCACUUUGUAUUUAAUUUACUUUAUAAAUACUGAAAAAUCUUAAUAGUUUCUAAGUAUUUAUUGUGUAUGGUGACAUUGUUUAAUGUAAGGUACAAUGAUGUAUUUAACAUAAAUGUAUUUCGAUUAACGGUCCAUGAGGCGUAACUAAUAAAAAAAUAUGAAAUGAA